AUGAAUAUGCAUCGGCAGAGAAUGAUAAACAAUGAUAAAACUUUCACACGUUAUAUCAAGACUAGCCUCUCAUUUUAUAUCUAUCUACUAUUCGAGGAGGCAGGACAAGAGAUGCCAAAGGUCGCCAUAGCCGGUGCCGGCCUAGUUGGCGCGCUAAACGCAUGCUACUUCGCUCAACGUGGUUGGGAAGUGGAGGUAUAUGAAUACAGACGAGAUAUAAGAACAAUGGAGCAUGUGCCGGGCCGCAGUAUCAACUUAGCGCUAUCACAAAGAGGAAAAUGCGCACUGGAAGCGGUUGGACUGAAGGAUUACAUUGUUGAACAAGGUGUGGCCAUGUACGCUCGACUAGUCCACAACAUCGACGGGAAAACAUUCAGCCGUCAGCCGUACGGACAGCCUGGAGAGGUAAAAGCCGAUUUUCUUCACUUCCAAACUCAGAAUAACCAUAUCGUCUCGAUCAAUCGGAGGCACUUGAACGAAGUGCUUAUAAGUCAAGCAGAAAGCAAUGAAAAAGUGAAAUUCUUCUUCGAACACAAGGUGCGAGCGGUAGAUGUGGACAAGAAAGAAAUGACUGUGACCUUCAUUGGUGGUUCGAAGAUACCUAAGCCGGGACAGUCUGCAAGCAGCAUGAAAGGAACCGAUAUCACCGUGAAGGCUGACUUGGUUGUCGCUUGCGAUGGAGCAUAUUCAGCUGUGAGGCGAUAUUUGACUACUUCACAAGAGUACAUCGGACAUGGCUACAUCGAGUUGAAUAUUCUGCCAAAAAAUGGUGAUUAUGCACUCGAGCCAAAUGUGUUCCAUGUAUGGC